AAUAACCAUGGGUGAUGCUAAAGUCAAUACAUUCUUCAUCUCGGAAAAGAUUUCCAAGGUGCGUUGGGUGCCAGAGCAGCUGCGUGAAAGUGAACGAUUUCUUACCGGCAGCUGGGAUAUGCCAAAGAAUUUUGUGCGUAUCUGGCGGUUGCAUCGAAAUCAAUACGAUGGAUCGGAAUAUAAUGAAUUUGUUCCCAGAUGCAGUGAUAAAUUGGCUAUGAAUGGCGAUGUUACGGGCAUAGAAUUUGUUACCGAUGAAACGGUCAUUGUGAGCUGUAGUGAUGGCCGCAUCAGUUUGUUAAAAAUUAAAAAGGCUGUGGAGGAAGAUGUACUCCAAAGGGAGGCGCAUAGUGAAGUUUUGCACAGUUUUAAAGCCAGUGGCAAAAAUACCAGUUGCACGUCGAUUUCUGUGUAUGGAAAAGAUGUGGCCACAGUUGGUGAAGAUGGUCGUUUGAAUAUUGUUGAUACUCAGGCACAUUUGGCUGUGCGACGAUCCAUAGAAGCCGAUAGUUGUUCACUACUAUCUGUACUCUACGUCAAUCCCCAAGAAGUAUUGACUGCUAAUCGUAUGGGCAUCAUACGUAUGUUUGAUAUAAGAUCCUCCUCCGAUGGGACUGCGACUUCAGCAUUUAUGACCUCAUGUGAAGAUGAUAAACGUUGCAACUAUGUUUCAUGCUUAACAUCACACCCAACACAACCACAUAUUGUAUUAGCCGGCUCCGAGGAAGGUUCAAUAACCGUUUGGGAUUUAAGAAAUCCCGGCUAUCCAGCAUCAUAUUUAUCUGCUCAUACUAGUCCCAUAACCGAUAUUGGUUUUCAUCGUUCCGAUCCAUCGAAACUAUUCACCACUGCUGAAUCCGGUGAACUUUGGUUAUGGGCACAACAUCCCACCAUGAGUGGUGGUGUACACAGAGCUAUGGAAACAUCCGCCACAACUGCAACAGAAAAUACCAAUCCAUGGUUGAAUGGAGAACGUGCUAAGAAUCGUAUAAGCGUCACUGCCCUUAUGACAGAUUUACGCAAAGCAAUUAACUCAUUCGAUACACAAAGUUCAAAAAUCAUCUGUGGCAGUGAUAGUGAAGCAAUUUAUUUUGUAGAUAAUAUAUUAUAAGGCUGCAACAAUUUUGACCCUGGCGGUUGGGAUUGAGGCGAAUGCAA